AUGGAUGCCAGACUAGGGAACUGCAUGGGUACGGGUAACCCGCGGUGGGUCGCGGGUACGGGUACUGCCGGGUACGGUCGCAGUGUAGCCAUUCUACGCUUGGGUGCAUUCACAGCGCGCGCACGUGGCGCAUGUAGAGUCGACUCUAGAUGGGGAGUUGGUGGUAUUAGGGCUGCAAAGCUGAAUUCUAUUGUCAUACCUCCGCUGCACCCUCUCAUACAUUGCGCACACCCUCUCAUAUCCCGCGCACCCUCUUGUACAUCUGGCACACCCUCUCGCACCUCUCAGACCUCCACCCUCUCAUACAUCGCGCGCACCCUCUUGUACAUCCUGCGCACCUCUCUCAUGGCUCCAAUCCACCCUCUCGUGCAUCCAGUGCACGCUCUCAUGAGUCCGAGUCCGUCGAUCCUCGUUCGAGCAAAAGCCAUGCUGAUCCGAGUCGUUGCCCACCGUUCGCAGUUGGUCAGUCCGUUGAUCCUCAUUCGGGAAAGAGCCAUGCUGAUCCGAGUCAUUGCCCACCGUUCGCAGACUGUGAGUCCGUUGAUCCUCGUUCGAGCAAGAGCCAUGUUGAUCCAUGUCGUCGCCCACCGUUCGCAGUUCGCCACGUUCCCAACGCGAUGGAUGCCAUGCGCGAACGCCCAGCGUGCGCCAGCAAAUUUGCCCGUGCCUCCACUCCUUGUGCCAUCCACAUAUGUUCGAGUCACGUCAGCAUUCGCUGACGUGUGCUGGACAUAUGUGCUAAGCACUGGUGGUGAUACCUAUGGUACCCGCGGGUAA